UCAGAACAUCAAUUUACAAGCAGUUCUUAAGGAGGUUUUGGCAAAUUAGUGGGCUUCCCGAUCACCUUGGGCCGCCUGAAGAAAGAAGUUCGUGUUUGAUCGCAUCAGAGCGAAGCUUGCUGGCUGGAAGGGCAGACUGAUGAACCAAGCAGGGCGUAGAGCAGUGGUGCGUUCUGUCCUAUGCACGAUCCCCAAUUUCGCUCUCGCAGCAAUUCAGGCGCCGGCGGGGUUCUACAGGGACGUGGACAAAGUUUGCAGGCGAUUCCUUUGGGCACAGGAGGGCCACAGCUGACAGGUGGGAAGUGCAAAGUAAACUGGCCAUCUGUAUGCACUCCGGUGGAAUACGGUGGGCCUCACGCUGGCAUGGUUGCAGCACGCUAAACCCUGCAUCUUGGAGCCCCAGAGACUCCUCUCUGGCCUUCUGGGACGACAUUGUCUCUGCGACUACAGCGCUCAACUCCAAGGGGAUUAGAUCGCUAAAUGGUCCUGAUCGUGUGGACUCUGUGGCUAGAACGGAACAAGAUAAUUUUCGACGCCAAGAUAUCCCCGAUGACGUGCAUCGUGGGCACAGUUAGACCCCAGAUGGACAACUGGAGACUGGCAGGAGCCAAGUGUUUGAUGUCGCCCUUUCGGGAUCCAACGUGAGGAGUCUCUCCAUGAGGCAAAACCUCUAUUUUUCCUCUCUCCCCUCGGGGAGCACAUGUAAAUUUUGCUACUCCCUUCAAGGAUAGGAUAUUUAUUAAAAAUACUAAAAGGUUUACGCUAAUUAACUCCAUGCGCGCGUGUGUAAUUGGCAUGCAGAUUUCGCGGCUAAAUUAGAGGUGUCUCGCCCCUAUAAGAUUUGUUUCUCGGCCUCCCAUUUCCUGCUGCGGGGCCUUCCCUGACUUCCCUCCAUGCCCUCCGUUACAAUCCCCCAAUGCCGCCAUCGCACCUCGCCGCCACCGCGGCACAAUCUCCGGCCUCGUCGCGAGGUCGGCGUCCCCGCCAUGGCGGCACGAUGAUAUCCGCCUCCUGCUGUCGCGCCGCGGCCCUCGCCGCCGCCGCGGCCACCGCGUUCCUCACCUUCUCGCUGCCAUUGUCCCCCAGCGUGUCCACCACAAGGCACACGGGAGAAUUGUCCGCCGCGAGCUCGACGCCGCCGCCACAUCCAACAUUAGCUACGGUGUCACCUCCACCGCCGUCCCCGCCGCCUCCAAAACCAGCUACGUCCGCGGCGACGCCUCGAAAACGAGAGCCGUCGUAUUGGAGGAUGGCGCCGGAGGAGGCGCUGAGGUACGCCAAGAAGGAGAUAAUGGCCGCCGAGCCGGUCGCCGCCGCCGACCCCGACCUGUACGCGCCCCUCUUCAAGAACGUCUCCCAGUUCAAGAGGAGCUACCAACUGAUGGAACGGAUACUCAAAGUUUACAUUUACCAGGACGGUCGGCGGCCCAUCUUCCACACCCCUCCCCUCAGCGGCAUCUACGCGUCCGAGGGCUGGUUCAUGAAGCUCCUCAAGAAGAGCAGGCCGUUCGUCGUCGCCGACGCCGCCAAGGCGCACCUCUUCUACCUGCCCUACAGCUCGCAGAACCUCAGGCUCUCGCUCUACGUGCCGGACUCGCAUAACCUGCGCCCACUGGCCGUCUACCUCAGAGAUUUCGUCAAGGGCCUCGCCGCCAAGUACCCCUUCUGGAACCGCACCAGAGGCGCCGACCAUUUCCUCGUCGCCUGCCACGAUUGGGGACCUUACACGACCACGGCGCACCGCGACCUGUCCAGGAACAGCAUCAAGGCGCUGUGCAACGCCGACAGCUCGGAGGGGAUCUUCACGCCCGGGAAGGACGUGUCUCUCCCGGAGACGACCAUCAGGACGCCCAAGCGGCCCCUCCGGUACGUCGGCGGGCUCCCCAUCUCCCGGCGGCACAUCCUCGCCUUCUUCGCGGGCAACGUGCACGGCAGGGUCAGGCCGGUCCUCCUCCAGCAUUGGGGCAAGGGGCAGGACGAGGACAUGAGGGUGUACGCUCUCCUCCCCGGUAGGGUCUCCAGGACGAUGACCUACAUCGACCACAUGAAGAACAGCAGGUUCUGCCUGUGCCCCAUGGGGUACGAGGUGAACAGCCCCAGGAUCGUGGAGGCCCUGUACUACGAGUGCGUGCCGGUGAUCAUCGCCGACAACUUCGUGCUCCCCUUCAGCGACGUGCUCGACUGGAGCGCCUUCUCAGUGGUGGUCGCGGAGAAGGACAUACCGGACCUCAAGAAGAUACUCCAGGGGAUCUCGCUCCGGAGGUACGUGGCCAUGCACGACUGUGUCAAGCGGCUCCAAAGGCACUUCUUGUGGCACGCCAGGCCCCUCAGGUAUGAUCUCUUCCACAUGAUUCUGCACUCCAUUUGGCUCAGCAGAGUGAACCAUGUUCAACUUGACAACUGAAAAAAGAUCAUGUCCAUGUAUUUGUAUGGCACUGAGAUUUUACAUGUAAGAUGGCGGUUUUGAAUGAAAAAGAAAAAUGUGUACAUUCAA